GAGGGAUGAGGACAAGGAGGAGGAGGACUGGGAGGAGCGGGAGAAGGAGCGGGAGGAGUAGUGGGAGAAGGAGCGGGGAAGGAGCGGGAGCGGGGCUAUGGCGCGGGAAGAGGAGCGAAAGAAGGAGGGGGAGGAGGAACGGGGGGAAAAGCAGGAGAAGCAGCGGGAGGAGCAGGAGGAGGAGCGGGAGGACCAGCAAGAGGGGGAGCGGGAGGAGAUGGAGGAGGAGAGGGAGGAGGAGCGGGGCUAUGGAGGGAUCUUUGUCACGUUGUUUGGCGGAGGAGGAGCGGCAGGAGGAGGAGGAGCGGCAGGAGGAGGAGGAGCGGGAGGAGGAGUUGGAGAAGGAGGGGGAGAAAGAGUGCGAGGGCAAGCGGGAAAGGGCGGAGGAGGAGCGGGAGGAGGAGCGGGAGGAGGAGUGGGAGGAGGAGCAGCAGGGAAAACGGGGAAGCGGUCAGGAGCGGGAGGAGCGCAAGGGGAAACGGGAACGGGCGGAGGAGGCGCCGGAGGAGGAGCAGGAGAAGGAGCGGAAGAGUUGAAAGGUGGACAUUGAUUGAUUGAUUGAUUGAUUGAUUGAUCGAUCCAAAAAAAAAAAAAAAAAAGAUCGCCCCGUUCUUCUUUUUUGUUUUUCAAUCAAUCAAUACAACCACG